AUGGUAGCAGAGCAGAAGUUAGUUGUAGCAGUGGCAUUACACUUAGUGUGCCUGGGGAAAUUGAAAAACAGAGAAAGCAAAACAAAACAAAACCAGAAGAAGAAAUUGAGAGAAAAGGAGGUGGAGAAGAGGGAGAGACAAAGACAUGACAAGGGAGAGAUAAGCGGAGGAGAAGGGAGAGCAGAGGGAGAGGGAGAGGGAUGGUUAUUAGGGUUAGGGUUAGGGUUAAUGGGGAGAGCAAGAGGGAAGCUGGGUGUGGUGGUGGUGGAGCGUUUUUGUCAUGUUAUCUUGCUCCUGCUAUUGCUGGUGUUGCUGGAAGAGGAGGAGGGGUGGAGGAGGGUGGAGGCAUUGAGUGUGUUGGCGAAGAGUGAGCUGGUGAUGUGUGAGCAGUAUGGGGGGAGCCCAACUCCCUCCACACCCACCUGCAAGAACAUGAUGGUCACCACCAUCACCGUGACCAACAAGGAUGGCGAGGCAGCAGGGGAGCUGAGAUUCACACAGUGGAAGUGCAGGGCAUCCAAUGGGACUGAGCUCAAUGUGCGCUACGGCAUCAAGAUCGUGGUCACCAAAGGGCAGACCUGGCUGUUCUACCCCAUCUACUACCAGCGCCAUUUCAACUACGCCCCCUUCGAAGAGCUGCUCUACAUGAAGGAAGGCGACUGCCAAGACGAUGUCCAGCAGCGCGACGUCUCCUGCCGAUGGGCUUACGUUGGCAAUGUCCGCGUUCAGGAUAGCCAGGGAUUUUGUUGUAAGUGUGGAAAACCAUCUUGGUUCAGUAAUAACGGAAUAAAAUCUCUUACAUAUCGUGGCGGAGAACCAAUGCAUUGUGACUAUAAAUUUGAAUACUGGAAUAGAAGACAAUCUGCUUCUUGUUUACGUUGGGGUUCAGACUGGUGGGUUGGAUACACUGUAAAUGAGCCAAGGCUGAGAUUCAAAAUUGUCACAAGUUUCUCUUAUGAAAAGAGAUUUGAUGAUCCAAGCAACAAACCAGCUCCUGGUGGUGGAUCUGAAUUGUUGACUGUUUCUCCAACCCAAAUGGAAGCUACAAAUAAAGAUCGUAAUUGCAUAGUGCACUUAGCUGGAGACUUUUUGAACUAUAGAUCUUUUCCGCAACUGAAUGAUGUUUACCUUUUCACACCCAACGCAGAUGAUCCACAUGACAAUCCAUUUCAGAAAAGAGUGAAAUGGCUUUUGAUACCCAAAGGUCAUGUGACGGAUGAUGGGCUUGAAUGCAAUAAAAUUGGGGUGGGUUUUACACCAUUUCGGAUUCAAGAAAGAGGAUGCUAUGAACCCGUGGGAACUUGUUUGGCAUCACAACUCUGGACUUUUGCACAAGCUGAAGCAGCUGCAUGUGCAUUGGUUCCCCCAAGACCCAUUUUCUCGGUUUUAAAAGAAGGAGUUGUUGAUUUGAGAAUACAUAAUUUUGAAGGAGACCCUGAUUCUAGAGUGUUGACCAUCACACUUGAUCAAAUUAUGACAUCAGUUGUAACACUUGAAGUGGAAGCCUCUGGGAUGGAAUUUUUUGUGAACAGGUCUCCAGGUAAGAUCAUAAGUGCUUCAGUGCCCACAUUUGAAGCAUAUACGCGCUAUGGACAAAUGGAAGUUGUUGUUCAAAAUACUGGAACUAUAGUAUCUUUAUAUUUCAUACAGGUCCAUGCUUGUUCUUCUGGCAUCAUAGACCCAGAGGAGAAGCAAGAGACCAUAGCACCAGGUGCCUCAGCCACAGUCAAAUUUGACCUGGAAACAAUUGAUGAUAAGGCCAACAUCCACACCUGCAAAGUGGACUUGCUGGAUUCAUUUGCAGUGAAUGUGUUCUCUCAAAUCUGCCAAUUUCAAACAACCCAGACUGAGAACUCCAAAGGAGACCAGUCAGGUGUGGUUCUGGAUAAGAAGCCUCUUGUCAAUUACACAAGCUCCUGGAGUUUUAAGAACCCCAAAUCCUGGUUCAGUGGUUGGAGCUUCAUGGGCAAAAUAUUUCAUGGCAGCAUUUUUGGAUCAUGCCAACAAUGUAAUUUCUUCAAUAUUUUAUGUGCAAUGAAAAGACUGUGUUGGUCACGCAUGGUAGAAUCCCUUGGAUUUAUUUUACUGAUUGUUGCAGGAUUCAUUGCAUUUGGAUAUUUAAAUAAAAGUGGUCUUAUAACUAGUCUAUUGAAGAAAAUACUUGCUCUUACAAAAGGAUGUAGUGCACUCGGCAAAAGUUCUUUCUUCUCAAAAACAUCUCGUUCAUUACAGCAAGGAAGUUCAAAGUUUAUGGUCUUUCUCAAAAAAAUUAUUAAAAUGCCUAUGGAAAAAUUAAGGAAGAUUGCCAAUCCCAAAAAACUCAUGGGUAAAAUGAAAAUGGGAAAAUUGAAAUCAACUAUAUUUGGAAACUAUCAAAAGAGUAUUGGUAAAUUAAAAGAAACAUUCAAAAAUGGUGCACACAAGUUCAAAGGUGGAAAAAAUCGUUUUAUGAAAAAAAACAAUACGAAUACAUCUAUAAGCCACACUGUAAAAGGAGGGAAACGGUUCAGUAAAAAGGUAAAAGAACCCCCAAAACUUGGAAAUGAGAAAAGAAAAGGUAAAGAGGAAGAAGAUGAAGUAGAGGAGGAAAGUUCAGAAGUAGAAGAUGAAAAUGACAGUGAUAAUGAUGAAGAGCCAGAAGAUGAUGAAGAGGAACCAGAUAAUGAAGACGACAAUAUCAAUGAAAAAGUUAGAUCUCACCAAAUCAAUAAGAACAAAUCAAAACAAACAAAGGCUAGAAAUAAGAAACUUUCAAAAUCUAAAAAACAUAAACAGGCCGAUAAGGAGGAGGAGGAGGAAGAUGACGAUCAAGAUGAAAGCGAAGAUGAAAACGAAGAUGCAAGUGAGCAUGAAACGGUUGCAAAAAGUGUGAACAAGGCAAAAAGGCAAAGCAAUGACCCCGUUGGAACAUCCAAUAAUAUUACAUUAGCUCCCUUUGCAAGAACGGGAAUGCCACCCUUGCCACACGAGAGUCCAUAUACUUUCAAUCCAUAUCUUGCCCCUCAAGUGGAGCCCCCACAUGGUUACAUUACCAACAACAACAACCCUUACCUUAACAACCCAAUGCCCCCAAAUGUUUCAUACAUGCAAGAUCAAAUGCAAUACUAUGAUCCCUACUUGCAAAACCAAACACUAUCGUAUGAUCCUUAUCAACAAGACCCCAUGUUGCCACUGUAUGAUCCACAAAUGCCAGAUCCUAAUCAAACAAACUAUUACAACGGCACACAAUUGCAAUAUCAACAGCCAGUUACUCAGGAAUAUGAAGGAAUUAUUUCUCAAUCUCAACCUCAUGAAAACUAUGACGAUUAUGAAACACAGAAUGCAACUGAUUUAUCUCCAAUCAUAGGAUACAACAAUGAAACAUAUUAAUUAGGUGUUACAGAUAUUUGAGCUAACAUCUUUUCUACAAAAUAUUAUACCUUGCAUAUUCAUUUUCUA